UCCCCGCGCGCCAGGCUACGCGUCCCCAGGCCGAGCACGCGAGGGGCCGCCAUGGUGGCCGUCUCCGGAGGACGCGUGUGCGCCAGCCGCCAGCCGCCUAUAUAUCCCUCCUGCGGCACGGCUCCUGGAAGAUAAUACCUGAUCUGUUCCUGCCUUUCCUGCAGUAGUAGCGCACACACUUUGGUGAGCUGAGUACUGAGUUGGUGAUGGAGGAUUCGGUGGGCGAGGCGGAGAGGAGGGAGCAGGAGGAGGCCAUGGCGCAGGGGAAGAAGCGCGGGCGAGAGGAAGAGCAGGAGGCCGGCGUUGGUCGCGCGGUGGAGGGGAAGGCGGAGGUGGCGGUGGCUGAGGAGGGCGGGUUUCUCAGCAGCAUGGCGUCCAAGAUCGGCGUGGCCAUGUCGGGUGCUAACGGGAGCGGCGGCGCUGGGGACACCGGCGAAGGCAAUGGCAACGGCAACAGGAGCGCGCUUGCUGCCUCUGACGGCAACGGGGAGAAGGCGGCCGGCAAUGGCAUCUUCCACAAGCUGCUGUCCAGCUCGUCUCCCUCCCCGCCGGCCACAGAGGAGGAGAAUAGGGGAGGGAAAGACGAGGACGAAGGCGGCGAGCAGGCCGGGAUACUGAGCGCCAUGGCUUCCAAGAUCGGCAUGGCCAUGUCUGGCAAUGGGACCCACGGCGGCGGCGGGGAAGAUGUUGAUCACGGUAUAGGUGAGGACGAGGACAAGGAGAAGGAGACGGGAGGCGACGAGCCGAGCUCCAACGGCGGUGGGCUCGUUAAGCAGAUCAUGUCCAACCUCCCCACUUCAGAAACUAGGGGGCCCGAUGCUGAGGAGGCCUCCCUGCUCAUCUCCAUCAUCGACGACUAGACUAGCAGUAGAUAGAUUUGGCACUUGUCAUUUCUGGGUGUGAUUUUACAUCGCCCAGCGUGCCCUCUUUCUUGAUGCUGAUGUUGUAACCUCUAGGGUAGGGUUGCUGUUGGUAGACGUUUUCUUCUAGACACAAGUCACUGCACAUGUUUGCACAGUGUACUGGCCUGUAAUCGCAUUGACUCCUGGAGAGAACUGGUCCUCCUCGCUUAUUAUUUGCUAUAAUAAUGCUAUUA